AUGCCCAAGUGGACUCCCGAGCUGGACGCGAUUGUCCUCCGCGGCGUCUUUGAGGAGUGCAAUGUCAGUUUUGGCAAGGAACUCUGCGCCAAGAUUUCCCAGCGUGUCGUUGACAUUGGAAUCGAAUGCACCCCUAAGGCUGUCGAGAAUCGCUUGUACUCAUGGAAGAAGAAGAACACUGCCGGCGGAGCCACGAACCCGACUUCUUCUGCUACCGGCACGCCCGCCAAACCUGCCUCUGCGACGCAGAAGACGCCCCGGUCCAGAAACAAGGCUACACCGCGUGCCAAGAAAGAAGAAGAUGGUGAUGAUGGAGAGGAGCCGUUGUCUCCUACGCCGGCUCCUCGCAAGCGCAAGUCAAGCGCCCCGAAGAAGGCUUCUUCCAAGGAGAAGGAUUCUGGAGAUGACGAUAUCGAGGAAGAUGAUUUUCCCAAGAGCAAAAAGGUCAAGGCUGAGCCUUCCGAGGAGGGCCCCAGUGGUGGCGAGGACGUGACUGAUGAGGAUAUCUAA